GGGGCAGUGAGGCAAAGCAAAGCAAAGCAAGGAACAACGACAGAGUCGGGGAGGGAUUAUCAGUUAACUGUGCUUAUCUUCAUGUGAUAUGGUAGCCAGAAAAAGUGUCCACGCUGUCUUUCCUUCCUCUGGGGUUCGGCGAAGUGGCAGCACGACCGCUACACGGAGGCCUGAGUCGGUCUAAGUUUAUGUUAGCAGUCUGGCGUUAGCUCCUGCCGCUAGCUCACCCCUGCUGGUGACUUCACACAACUUGUCAACAGCCGAUCGAUCCUGGACGGGACUCGGGACUGUUUUCGCUGCUCGCCCGUUUUAGCCCGUUGGCAGUUUCCCGUAGCGUUAAAAAUCUUCUGAACCAGCAGCACUAUUGGGAGAGUAGUGGAGCUAUGAUGGCAACGUGACAGGAGGGGAGCCGCUGAGUCAGCUUCAACAGGAACCAUGGAAGGGUUUCAGCAAACUGCCACAGAGCAGCAUGACCGAGUGAAUGGCUACUGCGAGCCCAAAUCCCCCCAGGACACCGCUGAUGUCAGGUGGACUUCACCAGAGGGAGAGUCUGGAGGUUCAGAUAGCUGUGGGGGGACAAGUGUGUCGGAGCUGACGGACCUGCAAGAGCUGAAGGCCAGGGAAAGCGAGGAUGAGGAGGACAGGGAGGAGAAGGAGGUAGCGCCUGUCUCUAAAGACCUGAAAGGGGACCAGAAGAAAAAAGAGAAAGAAGGUGCGGAUCAGGAGGAGAACAAUCACAGCAAACAAAACAGUAGUGCAGCAUCCAGCUACACAGACCUGUCUCACACCUCGUCGCCCUCGCUGUCAGAGCAGCUGCGUCUUGGCCGCGAAGAAAGCGCAGGCUCUGGGAUCAGUGUGGAGUGUAAGGUCUGCGGGGACAAGGCCUCAGGCUUCCACUAUGGCGUGCACGCCUGUGAGGGUUGCAAGGGCUUUUUCCGGCGAACUGUGCGGAUGAAACUGGAAUAUGAGCGCUGUGAGCGUUCCUGCAAGAUUCAGAAGAAGAAUCGUAACAAGUGCCAGUAUUGUCGCUUCCAGAAGUGCCUGUCUUUGGGAAUGUCCCAUGAUGCGAUCCGAUAUGGACGCAUGCCUGAGGCGGAGAGGAAGAAGCUGGUGGCAGGCCUGCUUGCAGAGGAACUGAACCUUGGCAAACCGGGUGGCUCCGACCUGAAGACCUUGGCCAAACAAGUCAACACAGCCUACCUGAAGAACCUCAGUAUGACCAAGAAGAGGGCCCGCAGCAUCCUGACGGGCAAAACCAGCAGCACCUCGCCGUUUGUAAUCUACGAUAUGGACACACUGUGGAAGGCAGAAAGUGGUUUGGUGUGGAGCCAGUUAGUUCCAGGUGCGCCCCUGACCAAGGAGAUUGGGGUCCACGUGUUCUACCGCUGCCAGUGCACUACUGUGGAGACUGUGCGAGAGCUCACUGAGUUUGCCAAGAGCAUUCCAGGGUUUGUGGACCUCUUCCUUAAUGACCAGGUGACUUUGCUGAAAUAUGGUGUGCACGAGGCUAUUUUUGCCAUGCUGCCGUCUCUCAUGAACAAAGAUGGACUGUUGGUGGCCAAUGGUAAAGGCUUUGUCACCAGGGAGUUCCUGCGCAGCUUAAGAAAGCCCUUCAAUGAGAUCAUGGAGCCCAAGUUUGAGUUUGCUGUCAAGUUUAAUGCUCUGGAGCUGGAUGACAGCGACCUGGCCCUGUUUGUUGCUGCCAUUAUUCUCUGUGGAGAUCGUCCCGGGCUGAUGAACGUGAAGCAGGUGGAGCAGAGUCAGGACAGCAUCCUUCAGGCCCUGGACCUCCACCUCCAAGCAAACCACUCUGACUCUGUCUACCUCUUCCCCAAGCUGCUGCAGAAGAUGGCCGACCUCCGUCAGCUGGUAACUGAGAACGCUCAGCUUGUCCAAAAGAUUAAAAAGACUGAGUCGGAGACCUCGCUCCACCCUCUACUACAGGAGAUCUACAAAGACAUGUAUUAGUGUUCUUCAGCACAGACUGCUCUUAGCAAUACUGUUACAGAUUUAAUUUACGUUUAUAAUAAUACACUGCAUUCAGUACAAGCACUGCUCCACGUUCGGGCAUGGAUUUUAACGUGCAGAUGAGGCAAACGUGGUAGGGCUAACACAAUCAGCAAAGUCUUCACAAUGUCAGCAUUACUUUCAGCACAGUAAUGUGUGUGUGUGAGAGUGUGUGUGUGUGUGUGUGUGUGUGAGAUGAGCAUCUGGAAUCAUUUGCUGCAAGCCCUAGUUUCCCACAACGGUCACUUAACAGAGAGAAUGAUAUGUUUUCUCACUGAGGCUGCUCCUAUUUCAUCCUAAUAGCAAAGCUGACCCCAGAGCAGCGUCUAGAGAGAGCUUCUCCUCACUCACCACGGCUGUGUUUUGCUGUAAAGGGAAAGCAUCUCAUGUUCUUACACCAGUGGCAUAGUUGAAAAAGAAAAGAGCCGCCAGUUUGUACUUUGCAAGAUGCCAAUGUCUUUGAUGGAGUGAUUGUUCUCAGACUUUGGGUGAAGCUGAAGAUGCACAGAUUGGUUUUUGUUUACAUCAUCAUCAUCAUCAUCAUCCUCAUCAUCAAUGAUCGCUUUCUUUGCCAUUUGGUUUGUAGAACACAAACUGGGCUGGCUCCAGCAGUGUAGAGCUCUCUCAAUGCAGCUGUCUGUGCAAUACCAUUUCCAUUUUUCAAUAAACGUGCAGAUCCAAGUUAUUUAGGUUUUGUCUUAAAGCCAUCUACCCGAGUGGUAACUAAUGGACUAUGCUGCACAGAUUUAGUUUCUGAAGCUGACACUAUGAACGCAUGACCCGCUGAAGUACAAGGGACAGCAUGUUUUUCUUUUCUUUUUU